AUGUCGCUCUCUCCAAGUGCCCGCGAAGAAUACAUACCGAUCAUUGAUUCAAUCCUAUCCGCGAGUGAUUUGAAUACGAUCUCAGAAAAGCGCAUUCGCAAAGGCCUUCAAGAUGAAAUCGGCUAUGAUCUUACCCCGCAAAAGGCGGCCAUAAAGCAGCUUAUUAUGGAAAGGUUCGACAUCUUUGCUGAGAAGAAAGGCAUCGGUGCUCCACCUACACCGAAUGGCGAUACACAACACGGCGACUCUGCGACGCCUGUGGAACCCUCGUCGCCCUCUCAGUCCUCGACGGCGCAGAAGCGUCAGGCGGAUAGCGCCGAUCUCGAAGACCUCCCAACCAAGACGCCUCCGCCCAAGAAACAAAAACAUAAGCCUAGCCAUGAUAUCGAUGCGGAUGCGCUCUAUGCUGCGAAGCUGCAGGCGGAGGAAAAUCUUCGAGCUCGCCCUACACGAGGUGCAAGCACACGUAAAGCGGCACCAGUCAAGAAGAAAAAGUCUACUGCGAAAACGGCGAAGAAGGUGAGGGUAGAGGACGAUUCAGACAUCGGGUCGGGCUCAGAGUCAGGAAAGAAAGUAAACCGCUCGGGAGGAUUUCACAAACCUCUCAACCUCUCACCUGCACUUUCGGCAUUGCUGGGGGGUGCGGCGACGAUGUCGCGACCGCAGACUGUUAAGAAGCUCUGGGAGUAUAUUCAUGCGCAUGAUCUUCAGGACCCGAGCGACAAACGACAAAUUCUCUGUGAUGAUCCUAUGCGCGCUGUCUUCAAGCAAGACCGUAUACAUAUGUUCACAAUGACGAAGAUCCUCAGUCAAAAUUUGUAUAGCCCUGACGAAUAG